CCAAGUAUUUGGCAACUAAGAAAAUCAGUUUCCCAGGCUUUGACGUUGUAUUUUUUUCGUUUUGUUUAAUUGCUCUGUUUCUUUUCUUUUUUUUUUUUUUCGCUUUAUUUGUUUUGGAACGUCAAAGCCGAACAGUUCUGAAGGUAGGGAAGACCAUAAAAAUCUUGUGGAGAAAGUGACAAAGUUGACAAAGAAUAUUGAAGAUGAACCAAUCCACUCAAGGGAACAACCCUGAUGCUUCAUCAAACAUCCCGGAAAAGCGCAAACGUGGCCGUCCGCGCAAGUACCCCAAGAUAAAUAUUGAAGAUAAUGCGCGUAUUCCAAAGAUUCAAAGAAUAGAAAAUGUUGGUGGUCCACCAGGAUUUGGAGGGGUGAAUGGAAACCAGCCCGGUCCGGCGGCUGUAAGUGUUGAUGCCACUAAUUCCAUGGUGGGUAAGACUGUCUCUGGCGUAAUUGAGGCAGUGUUUGAUGCUGGAUAUUUGCUCUGUGUUAGGGUUGCCAACUCUGAUAUCACUUUAAGGGGUGUUGUCUUCAGGCCUGGACGAUUCAUACCCGUUUCACCGGAGAAUGAUGUGGCCCCAAAUCUGCAAAUGAUCAGAAGAACUGAAAUUCCGCUGCCACCUGAACACCACAAUCCUCGUCCCAGAGAAAGGAAGGAGCAACAAGCAUAUUCUCAUAGAGACGGGGCUCAUUCAUUCAGUGAAUCACCAGUAGCCAAUCAGGUGCCUAGAGUUGCAUCCUACCAGGCUAAUAAUGUGGCGCCCAAAGGAAAACUGGUUCCUUCAGUGGCGGUCCAGACGGCUCAUCCCAAUCCAGUAGUUCCGAGAGGUAAUUUGGUGCCUGUUGUGCUUGAACCUGCUAAGGUAUCAAAUGGGUUGCCACAUGCCAGUGAACCAAUUCCUCUUGCAACCCAAGCUCCUCCUCAUGUGGCUGCCUCAAAGGUCAAACAGGUUCAGGAAACUGCUAACCCGUCAAACGGACUGAACCCGAAUACUCAAGUACCAACAUUUGGAAGCGAAGCAGUUCUUUCUCAGCUUCAGGCCAACCACCAGGUGGUAUCUGAAAUCACACAAAACGAAAACGGUCCUUGCAAUCAGCCCUCAACAGAGACGCUGCUUGCUGCGGAAGCCAAAUCAAUGAAAUUGCCUGACAUGCCUAUUGAAAAACUGGUAACUGAGGUGGUGAAAAGAGUUGAUGUCCCCUCGGAGUUGGCCGAAACUCAAUUUGAGCUGGGCGGUAAGACAUCAGUGAAGGACAAAAAGGGAACUAACAAUGCAGAUCAGGCACUCGCCAUUGAGCCCCUGCAAGCUGUGCAGUUUGAUGAAAAUAACAGCCCCGCUUCUGCUCCCAAAUCCAUUGAAAAUGACAAAACUAGCAAAAUGUCUCAGCUGUUGGAGGUUCUGCAGGGAAACAUGGCAGAGCCAGCCAAGGAUUCAACACAGAAGUUGGAUGAAACAGUGAGCAUGGUAACUGAUCAGGAAGAUAAAUAAAUCAGUAAUCUAGAGAUCUAGUCUCUGACUUUCAUGAAUUCCAUCUUAAAGUACCAAACAUUAAGACUUGGACCAUUUGUUGUAGAAGAAUUGUGAUUUAAAUUAUACAGUGCGGUGGAGAAUCUUUGUAGUUUUGCAAUCUCUAAUGUGGAAAGAUUGCCGAGGAUCCACUUGCAGGGAAAAGGAGCAAGUCUGUAGUUUCAUUCUCAAUUGGAACUUUGUUUCUUUUUGGAUGCUAAUGAGGCAGAGUUAUCUCUUUUAUUAUUA